CCGCAGCCCUGCGGCGGCCCCCCGCGGGCGGCGCGGCCCCUCUUCCUGGCGAGCGCGGCGGCCGAGCGGGCCAUGGAUUAAGGAGGCGGCGGCGUGGGAGGAGGAAGAUGGCGGCCGGCAAGAGCGGCGGCGGCGCCGGGGAGAUUACUUUUCUGGAAGCUUUGGCUAGAUCGGAAUCUAAGAAAGAUGGAGGUUAUAAAAAUAAUUGGAGCUUUGAUCAUGGAGAAGAAAGUGAAGGAGAUACAGAUAAAGAUGAGGCAAAUCUACUCAGUGUAGAUGAAGAUGAGGAUACUGAAAUCUCAAAAGGAAAAAAGUUAAAUCGUCAAUCUGAAAUUGUUGCUACUAGUUCUGUUGAUCCGUGGAAGACAUGUGCAAGACGAAACAAGACUGAAAGUUUAAAACCUUUGAAAGGCAACCCAAUUGGACUUAACAUGUUGAGCAACAAUAAGAAAUUGAGUGAAAAUACACAAAAUGCAUCAUUAUGUUCUGGAACUGUAGUUCAUGGUAGACGUUUUCAGCAUGCUAAUGCACAGAAAUCAGUAGUAAAAACAGCAGCCCAAAGCAGUCUGGACCAAAAGGAAAGGAAAGAAUACCCACCUCAUGUCCAAAAAUUUGAAAAUAAUCCUAUAAGAUUAAGUCGGCCCCAAGGUGUUGAUCGUAUAAUGAAGAAAACAGAAGAGUCUGAAUCGCACCUGGAAUCUGAAAUUAAAAGGAAAGUACCACAGAAACGUCACAGUAGUACCUAUCACUGUACUCCUUCUCCUCUGUCUCCUGCUUCAAAAAAAUGUUUAACUGAUUUAGAGGAUUUGCAAAGAAAUUGCAGACAAGCUGUAACUUUGAAUGAACCUACUGGACCGUUAUUAAGAACGUCAAUUCAUCAGAAUUCUGGAGGACAAAAAUCACAAAACACAGCAGUACCCCCCAAGAAGUUUUAUGGCAACAGUGUGGGAAAGAUUCCAAUGGAUAUUAUUUUGAAUUGUGAUGAUAAUAGACAGAAUUUACAGACUAACGGGAAAGUCAUUUUAUCUAGGUCAAAAGGAGUCAAAAUCACAAGCCUGAAAGAAAGGAAAACAAGCCUGUCAGACCUAAAUGAUCCAAUCAUUUUGUCCAGUGAUGAUGAUGAUGACGACAAUGACAGGACUAACAGAAGAGAGAGCAUAUCUCCUCAACCUGCUGAUUCAGCAUGUUCUUCCCCAGCACCAUCCACUGGAAAAGUAGAAGCAGCACUAAAUGAAAAUACCUGUAGAGUAGAGCAUGAACCAAGAAGCAUUCCAGCAGAUUCAGAGUUAAAUACAGUUACAUUGCCAAGAAAAGCAAGAAUGAAAGACCAGUUUGGUAAUUCUAUUAUCAACACACCUCUAAAACGUCGCAAAGUGAUUUCUCAAGAAACUUUAGUUGAUCCUGUCUCUUUAAGCUGCCAAAGUUCUUUUGACAGUGUCAUUUUAAACUGUCGAAGUAUACGAGUAGGAACACUCUUCCGGCUUUUAAUAGAGCCUGUUAUUUUUUGUUUAGAUUUUAUCAAGAUACAGCUAGAAGAACCAGAAAACGAUCCUGUAGGGAUUACUUUAAAUACCUCUGAUCUAACUAAAUGUGAAUGGUGUAAUGUCCGAAAAUUACCAGUAGUGUUUCUUCAGACGAUACCAGCAGUUUAUCAAAAGCUGAGCAUGCAACUGCAAAUGAAUAUGGAGGAUAAAGCUUGGAGUGAUUGUAAAGGAAUAAAUAAGUUAACAAAUUUGGAAGAACAAUAUAUAAUUUUAAUCUUUCAAAAUGGCCUUGAUCCUCAAGCAAAUAUGGUAUUUGAAAAUAUCAUUACUGACAUUGGUAUAAAGAAUAAGGUGUCUAAUUUUUUUGCGAAAAUUCCCUUUGAAGAAGCCAAUAGCAGACUUGUUGCCUGUACAAGAACCUAUGAAGAGAACAUCAAAGGAAGUUGUGUGCAAAAAGAAAACAAAAUUAAAAAUGUGUCCCUUGAAUCUAAAAUACAACUUAAAAACAAACAAGAAUUCCAGUUUUUUGAUGAUGAGGAAGAAACUGGAGAGAGUCACACCAUCUUCAUGGGCCCUGUAGAAAAAUUGAUAGUAUAUCCACCACCUCCAGCUAAGGGAGGCAUCUCCGUUACUAAUGAGGACCUGCACUGUCUAAGUGAAGGAGAAUUUUUAAAUGAUGUUAUUAUAGACUUCUAUUUGAAAUAUUUGGUGCUUGAAAAACUGAAGAAAGAGGAAGCUGACCGGAUUCAUAUAUUCAGUUCUUUUUUCUAUAAACGCCUUAAUCAGAGAGAGAGGAGAAAUCUUCAUGAAACAUCUAAUCUAUCAAUACAGCAGAAGCGACAUGGGAGAGUAAAAACAUGGACCCGGCAUGUAGAUAUUUUUGAAAAGGAUUUUAUUUUUGUACCCCUUAAUGAAGCUGCACACUGGUUUUUGGCUGUUGUUUGUUUCCCUGGUUUGGAAAAACCAAAGUAUGAACCUAAUCCUCAUUACCAUGAAAAUACAGUCAUGCAAAAAUGUUCAACUAUAGAGGACAGUUGUAUUUCUUCUCCUUCAGCCAGUGAAAUGGACAGUUGUUCACAAAACUCUUCUGCCAAGCCUGUAAUUAAGAAGAUGCUAAACAAAAAGCAUUGUGUAGCUGUAAUUGACCCAAGUGCUGAACAGGAGGAAAGUGAGCCUCGUUGUCGGAGAAACAUAUGCAGUGUGAAAUGUAGCCUGAAAAAAAUAAAUCAUACUGCAAGUGAAAAUGAAGAAUCGAAUAAAGGAGAAUCUGCAUGCCAGAAAGUUGUUGAUAGGACUAAAAGUGAGAAUGGCCUACAGAAUGAAUAUUUAAGUUCUGUGCACCAUACAGAUGGCUUAAGCAAAAUCAGACUAAACUAUAGUGAUGAGUCAGCUGAAGGUAGUAAAAUGCUUGAAGAUGAACUCAUCGACUUCUCAGAAGAUCAGGAUAACCAGGAUGAUAGCAGUGACGAUGGAUUCCUUGCCGAUGACAAUUGCAAUUCAGAAAUAGGACAGUGGCAUUUAAAGCCUACUAUCUGUAAACAACCUUGUAUCCUACUGAUGGACUCACUCAGAGGCCCUUCUCGGUCAAAUGUUGUAAAAAUUCUAAGAGAGUAUUUAGAGGUGGAAUGGGAAGUUAAAAAAGGAAGCAAAAGAAGUUUUUCCAAAGAUGUUAUGAAAGGCUCUAAUCCAAAAGUACCCCAGCAAAACAACUUCAGUGAUUGUGGUGUGUACAUAUUGCAGUAUGUAGAGAGUUUUUUUGAGAAUCCAAUUCUCAAUUUUGAACUUCCUAUGAAUUUGGCAAACUGGUUCCCUCCCCCAAGAAUGAGAACAAAAAGAGAAGAAAUCCGAAACAUAAUUCUGAAGCUGCAGGAAGAUCAGAGCAAAGAGAAGAAGAAGCAUAAGGACACUUAUUCGACAGAAACAUCUUUAGGCGAAGGAACAGAACACUGUGUCAACAGCGUCUCAGAUUGACCGUUUCU